CCUUCCGGAGUUGCCUUACAACUGAGCAUGGCUAACCGGGAAUCUCACAACAUUCUUUCCCGACAUCUUCCCCCCGGUCCGUCCCGCCUGGUCGCAGCGGGGUGCUUCACGUCGUGUAUGCAUCAGUCGGGUCUCGCCGGGCUGUCAGGCCUGUGCCGAGUCACCGACCAUCUCUACCUCAGCAAUGUCCGAGCGGCGAGAGACUCCGCCCAGGUGACCCGGUGCAGGAUCAACUGCAUCGUGAACGUCACUGAGACCCGGAGCCGCUGCCCUCUUCACCCCGGGGUGGAGUACGUCCACAUCCCGCUGCCCGACUCCCCGCUGUCUCCCCUCGGCGAGCAUUUUGACGACGUGGCGGAUAAAAUACAGUUUACCGCAGAGCGCGGCGGCCGCACUUUGGUGCACUGCAACGCCGGCGUGAGCCGCUCCGCCUCCCUGUGCAUGGCCUACCUGAUGAAGCACCGCGGGGUGCCUCUCCUGGAGGCCCACGGGUGGGUGAGGAGCUGCCGACCCGUCGUGAGGCCCAAUAACGGCUUCUGGAAACAGCUCAUCCGCUAUGAGAUGGAGCUCCGUGGGUGCACCUCUGUCCGAAUGGUGGUGUCCUCCAUGGGAGAGGUGCCAGACAUUUAUGAACAGGAGGCCAGAAAUAUGAUACCACUGUGACCAAACCACUGCUUCAUGGGGAUAGUAUUAACUAUGAAACAAUGUGUGGGCAUUAAUGUGCUGUAUUGUGUGUCACGUGCACAUUGAUAAACUGCUGUUCUGUCGUCUGAAUAAAACAAAUGCUUCAUUU